AUGACAUUGGAAAACUUUCUCAAGUCUGACCUAUGGUUCAAUGGCCCUUUAUUUCUUCUGGACUCUAAAGAAAAAUGGUCUGAAGACAUUAGUCAUCUCACAAGCGAUGUUGAAGAACACGAACCCGAAAAAGGGUUCCUUUCAUCAAAAGCCGCAUCGACGCACGUACCGGUAUUUCAAGAAGAACGAUUUAGCUUUUGGACAAAGCUUGUCAAUACCAUAGCUAUGGUUCUCUUAUUUACUGUGAAGAAAUCAUCACUGGCAAAGAAACACUUCUCUAACGAGAGAAGCCGUCUGUUUGCCACUGCAGAAAUCAUCAUAUGUCGACAAGCACAACUGAUUCACCCACCAUCUGACGUCAUCAAAAAACAACUGAACUUGUACCUUUGCGAAAAAAAACUCAAUUAUGAGGAAGAGCAAAGGACGAAUCGAUAA